ACUGAUAUACUUGCGGAGAAUCCGCUUACUUCCUCUCCCAAUGUUUUCUGGUUUUGUGUUUGACACUUCGGCCCCGCACCCCCACAUCCUGUCCUGUUUUGAGAGGAGGAGGAAGAGAAAUAAACGUGGCAGCGCAUAUAAGGCCAGCGGGGUGGUUGGGCAAGGGUGACCGGAGGGGACGCAAUUGGAAACAAGCCGGCCUGGCCCGUUCACUCUCACCCUCACUUUGCAGAUACCUCCCCCGACUACGCCCUCCACUUUCCACUCCCCCGCCCCCCGGCCGGCCCCCGGUCCUUUGGGGGUGCUGGAAAAUGGGUGUGCCAGCCUCUGUAGGGGAGAUGGCGGGUUUGGCGCUGUCUGGACUUCACGGGAAGGGGGGACCCUAAGAGAAUCUGGUAUUAAACCGCUGUGCUAACUCCCAGACUGCUUUCCAGACACCUCCAACCCACACAGCCCUUCACCCCCGUUUAUUGAGUCCUGGAAAGGGAGUUCUGGUACGCUGGCGUGAGGCAUGGCGGUUAUUAGGGAAUUUGGGUGGGGGGUGGGAGGCGGAGCCCAGAACGGAGAAACAGUGGAAAAUCACGACCCUCAAACCGAAAGGUCAGACAUCGGGGCCUCUGAUCUGCAGGCUUAUGCUACGUCGGGGGGCUGGGGACUGAAGGACGGGUGAUCAUGGGAGGAAGACACUAGAUUGUUUGGCAGUAAUCCCUCAUCCCGCGUCCCAUCCAGUUUUUGCUGCACCCUCGCCCCGCCCCCUCCCGCUUGGGUGCAGGAGAAGGGGUGUGGCUGUGUGUCCCGGAGAAAUGGCGGACGGGUGGGGCGGGCAAAAGGAAGGAGUGGUUGAGUGCCUGGGGAGUCUGCGCAGGAGGGAGGAGAUUGGUGUGGGAUGGGAGGGGUAAGAAGAGUUGAGGGAAUUGAGAGGUUGUCACUCUACGCUACGCGAAUGCUAGAAGGCAAUUAUGGGGACUUGUGGCCUGGGUCUCCAAACACCGGGCUCAGUCUCCAACCUCUGGUGUCUGUAUUUCUGCCCUUCAGUCUGUCCUUAGGAUGAAGCUUUCACUGAACUGAACGAAGAGGAAACAGCCCUGAAUCCCUGGAGGUCUGCCUGAAUUUGAGGCCCUGCACAAGUACAAGCUUGGUGGAAAAAAGUAAACUGCCCGUGUUCCCAGCAGGUUGGUCCUGCUCUGCUUGCAGCCUGGGGAAAACCUGUGAGCCUGAGAGGAAGUGCCUCGCCCAGACGUGCACACAUCCCAUUUAGGAAAGCCAGUUCCACACCCUGGAUCAGAGAAUUACUACAGCUGCACUAUGAGCCGAGUUCGAGAUGCUGGCUGUGUCGCCGCCGGGAUAGUGAUUGGGGCUAGUGCCUGGUACUGUGUCUACAAAUAUGCCAGGGGAAGAAACCAGACAAAGAAGAGAAUGGCCAAGCCCAAGACAAGGGCUGUGGCUGGGAAUGGAGCCAGGGCUAGAGCCGGACCAAGGGCCGGAUUCACAAUUGACCUUGGGCCUGGAUUAGGUCCUCCAACCCCAGUCCGCACUCGGACAGAGGACAGGGCCCAGGAUGAAGCCUCUGCUCUGGAAGCAGCUGGAGAUGAGGCAGUGGCCCCAGCUGCAGCCAGCGCUGAGGCUCAGAGUGGGGCAGGAAAUCAGGUCCAGGAGACAGAAGGGACAAGGGUUGGGUCUAAGGCUGAACCAGUAGCAAGGGCCACAGCGCCUUCCUCAAUGGCACCACCCCCCGGGGAGGCAGAGGCUUCCGUGGCUGCAGAGGCCCCCACAGUGGCAAGGGCUCCCAAGUCGCCAGAAGCCCCUGGCACAGCAGAGGCUGCCGGGCUGCCCAUGGUGCCUCCCAGGGCGCCAGCGCCUACCGAGGCAGCAGCAUCUACAGAGGCUGCGGAGGCUCCUGUACCCACAAUGCCUCCUGCCGCACCAGUGCCUUCUGGGGCAACAGUGCCUACUGGGGCUGCGGAGGCUCCUGGGACUUCAGGAUACCCCAGAACAGCAGCACCCUCCAAGAAAGCAACGCCUGGGGCUCAUACCGGCGCUAUACCGAAGGCCGGGUCAGUGGCUGGAGCUGUACCCAAAGGUGGAGCCAAGGGAACCAGGUCUCGGACUGGGGGUAAGGGCAAGGGCAAGAAAAACAAGGUGGAAGUAGAUGAACUGGGGCUGGGCUUCCGCCCUGGGGAUGGGGCUGCGGCAGCUGCUGCAGCCUCCGCUAACGGGGGACAGGCUUUCCUGGCAGAGGUCCCUGAUUCUGAGGAAGGGGAGUCCGGGUGGACUGACACAGAGUCCGAGUCAGACUCUGAGCCUGAAACCCAGCAGAGAGGGAGAGGGGGGAGGAGACCUGUUCCCAUGCAGAAGCGCCCCUUUCCUUAUGAAAUAGAUGAGAUUCUCGGUGUCCGAGACCUCAGGAAAGUCCUUGCUUUGCUUCAGAAAUCUGAUGAUCCUUUCAUCCAACAGGUAGCUUUGCUCACUCUGAGCAACAAUGCCAAUUAUUCAUGCAACCAAGACACAAUUCGCAAAUUGGGAGGCCUCCCAAUUAUUGCAAAUAUGAUCAACAAAACCGAUCCCCACAUUAAGGAAAAAGCCUUAAUGGCCAUGAAUAACCUGAGUGAGAACUAUGAAAAUCAGGGCCGACUUCAGGUAUACAUGAAUAAAGUAAUGGAUGAUAUCAUGGCCUCUAACUUGAACUCAGCAGUACAGGUAGUCGGACUAAAAUUUUUAACAAACAUGACAAUUACCAAUGACUACCAGCACCUGCUUGUCAACUCCAUUGCAAACUUUUUCCGUUUGUUAUCUCAGGGAGGUGGAAAAAUCAAGGUUGAGAUUUUGAAAAUACUUUCAAAUUUUGCUGAAAAUCCAGAUAUGUUAAAAAAACUGCUUAGCACCCAAGUGCCAUCAUCCUUUAGUUCCCUUUAUAAUUCUUAUGUGGAAUCAGAAAUUCUUAUUAAUGCCCUUACUCUGUUUGAGAUCAUCUAUGACAAUCUCAGAGCAGAAGUAUUCAACUACAGAGAAUUCAAUAAAGGUUCCCUUUUUUACUUAUGCACUACAUCUGGAGUGUGCGUUAAGAAAAUUCGAGCCUUAGCCGAUCACCAUGACCUCUUGGUGAAAGUGAAAGUUAUAAAACUAGUGGACAAAUUCUGAUUGGCUAUGUGCUCUCAAAAGACUUGAAGAAAUUUCUUGAUUUUCCAGUCUGGAAGCAAUGAAAAUUGAAAGUUAUUGCUUUUCCACUUGUCCAUGUACUAAAGGGAUCCUUUCAGCUGCCAGUUUUGAAUAAUGUAUCAUCCAGAAUGAUGUUAUCUGUGACAGUCUCCAGCUUGAAGCUGAACCAUUUUAUGAAUACCAAAUAAAUAGUCCUCUUGUACUGAAAACGCAUUUGUGACUUUAAUCGUGCUGCUUGAAUGGAAAUAUUUUUACUGGUUCCUCUAUGUGAAUUGACAGUGAACCUGUCCAUCAUAAAUAGCCUACACUUCUGUCAUUUGUUUUGACUUGAAUUUAUCCACCAAAGACUUCAUUUGUGUAUCAUCAAUAAAGUUGUAUGUUUUGACUGACAAAAA